AUGCCGCCCUCCAUGCCGUCACCCUCCAUGUCCUCCCAUAAAGAGGUGUCGGUAAAACCCGAGCUCGCGAUGCCGCCCUCCAUGCCGCCGCCCUCCAUGUCCUCCCAUAAAGAGGUGCCGAUCCGAUCCGAGCUCACGAUGCCGCCCUUCAUGCCGCCGCCCUUCAUGUCCUCCCAUAACGAGGUGUCGGUCCGACCCCAGCUCACGAUGCCGCUCACGAUGCCGCCCCCCAUGCCGCCGCCCUCCAUGCCCACCGAGGUGAGAGGAAUGGAAGACCUGGAAGAUCACAAGAGAAGAAUCCUGUUCUCUCAGCUGAGCGGCUACACAUUCCGAAUUGCAGAGAAGCAAAGAGAAUUGAUCGCACUGGCCAAGGAGCUGGACGAAGAUAAGGAGAUGAUUUUUUAUAUUCACGAUUUGGACAAGAAGUUGUACCAAGCGCAAGUCUACUACGAGCUCGGGAUCCGACGCCUGGAGGAAGGGGGCCAGGUCUACGUGGGCUACGUUCCCGCCCGCCUGGGUCGACCCGUGCCAGUACAGGAGCUGGAAUUAAUCGUGAAAGAAAUGGAUCUGGUUCUGCAAUGGCAGGCAGCGAGAUGGUUGCACGACCAGAGUGCGCUCGCAUACCACCGGCAAUCACGGCGAUUGUGUUGGCAAUUGAGGAGCAUCUGCCAAGGGAGAGUGCAUCAGAAGGACAUGAAUGACGAGCAAAGACAGCAGGCCGAGGCGGAACGACAGCGCCAGCUUGACGCCCUGCUGGACGAGGAGGAGCAGAAUUUCCGUACGCGGGGACACCAACAACCACCAUAUCAAAUUCCAAUCAUGGCCAUCCCGCCGCCCAUCAAUCACCGACAGUAG